AUGGUGAGCACUCGUAGAGGCCUCGGUAUUGGACAUGAAGCUUGUGGUUGCUUAGAGCGGAAAGUUCACUUGGAUACGGUUGUCGGUGUCAUGAUGAAUGCCCCUGGACAUGGUGUAGGAGGUCGGGUUAUUAUGGUUGCUACCUCAACGAGGUCUAUUGAAGUAGCUACGCCGAUGAAAUUGGGCGGUGAUAAGGGUGGGAUCUUUCUUGACCUCAUCAUAUAUCGGAAAGAUUUUGUGAUCGGUGAGCUUGUCAAACGUACUCUUCAUAGGUGA